AAAAGAUUGAGGAAGAGGCGAGCGAACAAACCGACGAAGUGGAAACAUUAACAAGUAAAAUAAAACGUGAAAAAUUAAAUAUGAAGAGUCGGGUACCUUCAGGGGACCGUGUUCUUCUCAGGAGUUUAAACGCAGGACUGGUGAAGGUGUUCAGAUAGAUGAAAGCGGUCCUUUUACUUGGGAACACGGCUGUUCAAUUGUGACUUUAGGAAAAUCAAUAAACUACAAAACGCGAAAGGUAGAAGGGGGAUGGGGUCCCUUGGCAGCAGGCUGGCUGGUGUGGGGGGGCCAGGCAGCUCCCAGCAGUCGAGGCACGGGUGCGAGUGCAGGAAGAGGAAGCGCAGCUCGGGGUGUCAGUGUGACAGCGAGAGCGAGGAGGACGGGGACAGACUUCUCAACACCCCACGCAGGAAGAAGCUGAAAAGCACUUCCAGGUACAUUUACCAGACGCUGUUUCUGAAUGGAGAGAACAGCGAUAUCCAGAUCUGUGCGCUGGGGCAAGAGUGGAACCUGCACAAAGUCUACCUGUGCCAGUCAGGGUAUUUCUCCAGCAUGUUCAGUGGGUCCUGGAAGGAGUCCAGUAUGAACGUUAUUGAACUGGAGAUACCGGACCAGAACAUCGACACAGAGGCUCUGCAGGUGGUGUUUGGGUCUCUGUACCGGGACGAUGUUCUGAUCAAGCCCAGUCGAGUGGUCAUGAUCCUGGCCGCCGCCUGCAUGCUUCAGCUGGACGGUUUGAUCCAGCAGUGUGGAGAGACCAUGAAGGAGACCAUCAAUGUGAAGACGGUGUGUGGCUAUUAUAGCGCCGCAGGGACCUACGGACUGGACUCUGUGAAGAAAAAGUGCCUCGAGUGGCUUCUCAAUAACCUGAUGACUCACCAGAGCGUGGAUCUGAUGAAAGAGCUGAGUGCAGGGCUGAUGGAGCAGCUGAUCGGCUCUCCAGACCUGUUUGUCAUGCAGGUUGAGAUGGACGUCUACACUGCGCUCAAAAAGUGGAUGUUCCUGCAGCUCGUGCCCUCCUGGAGUGGCCCCCAGAAGCAGCUCCUGGCGGAUGCAGAUAGCUGGAUUUCCAAGAAAGUGAAAGAGCUGCACUUGGGCGAUGCAUUCCUGCAGUCGGAGCAGGGGGCUGUCUACGCCCCCGUGUUCAGACACAUCCGGCUGCAGUACGUCAUCAACGACCUGGCCUCCGCCAAGAUAGUGGAGCGAGACGCCAUCCUUCACACCGACUGGUUGUCAGCGGUCUACAAGCAGCAGUGGUUUGCCAUGCUGAGGACAGAGCAUGACAAUGACUUUGGCCCUCAGGAUGCCAACAAGGAGGAGUUUGAGGUGAGCAGUAUGCGCUGCGGCAGGAAGCUGGCCAAGGAUGGAGAUUACUGCUGGAGAUGGACAGGGUUUAACUUCGGGUUCGAUCUGCUGGUCACCUACAGCAACCGCUUCAUCGUCUUCAAGAGGAACACUCUGAGCCAGCCGUGCGGGGGGUCUGUGAGCCUGCAGCCUCGCAGGAACAUCGCCUACAGGCUGCGUCUCGCCUCCUUCGAUGGCAGCGGGAAGGUUAUCUGCAGCCGCUCCACUGGCUAUCAGGUGCUGGCCCUGGAGAAAGACCAGGAGUACGUUGUGAUGAAUCUGGACAGUCGGCUUCUUGCAUUCCCACUCUACAUCUGCUGCAACUUCCUAUACAUCUCCCCGGCCAGCAGGAGGCAGGAGAGUGCAGAGCCGGAGAGCAGCAGCAGCAUCGUGUCCUGACACUGCCCUCCUGCUGUUCGUCUGUCUAGCCAGACCACAGAGCCCAGCAGCGGCACUGACUGACAAAACAUCAGGGAUCCACAGAGCAGGUCCUGGCUGUCUACAGGCUUUCUACCUGGAGAAAUGGUUUCCGUUCAUCUGCCAACACAACCAAACCGCAAUUUACUUAUUUUUAAUAAUGUAAAUGUUU